AUUGUUGUAAAAUAAUUGCCGUAAAACGCAAGUUGACAGACCACUUUACGGUGUUUACAGCGCGCUUGCCUUAAUUUGUGUAAAAGUAAUGUUUUAAGCUGAACUGCGUAACAAAGUUCUUUGAAAUCAGUACAGAUGGAAGUUUCUAGAAGGCAGCAGAGGAGAAGCAAUUUUAGUCACCAGGCAGCCAGGGGCAAUCCAGAGGGAGACAGUAUAAUCAAGAAACAGAGAUAUAAAGUAGGAGGCCCUCAGGCAGAUUAUGACACUACAGCUGAUUAUGGGAUGUCACCUGUGAAAAGAAGAAAGCAGCAUGGAUAUGAAAAUUAUCACUCAACAAACAAGAAAGGUCAUUAUGGACAGAGUUACUUGGAGUCAGAGGUUUCCACCUUAGACAUUACAGAUACCCCAGAUUCACUGUCACAGAUCAGUGCUAUAGCGCCAGUCUCUGACAUUUCAAACAUCCAGCCCAGUUUUGCAAGGUCUCGUCACAGCAAGAUGGCCGCUGACACAACAUGGGAAAAUGCAGUAUCACAUGCUAGAGGGGAACCUGAUGGUGCUGAAAAGUCAUUUCAUAAAAAGAAGAGCAAGGUGUCAAUUAAGGAACAGUUAGAAACUGUACCAGAAGAGGACUCUGUACACAGUAAAGGUAGUAGUGGAGGGGGGAGUAUGAGACAAGUUGAAGGAUCACCAGGAAUACAGAAACCACCACCCACUGCUGUUGAAAGAAAGAAGUCUGUCAAGGGUCAGUUAAGGAAAGCAGCAUCUGUUCUGAAAAAGGCCAGAUCUAAAUCUAAACUUCCAGAAAACAAAGUUGGUGUGAAAAGAAAACUUGAUGCCACAUUGGCAGAUGAAACAAUGACAACGAAGCCAGACACUAAAGAAUUAAGUAAGAAAGAGAGGAAACAUGUGAGGAAAGCUUUAAAGACCAACUUUGAACAGAUACAGAGGUCCAAGAAAAUCUGGGAAGAAUUAAGAAGGUUUAAUGUGAAAAAAGAUAGGAAGCUGGAGUUGUGUAAUGAACUGUAUGAUAUGGUUAAAGAUAAAAUGAAGGAGUUUUGUUUUGCACACGAUACAGCUAGAGUUAUACAGUGUUUAAUACAGUAUGGAACACCAGAACACAGGGAAAGAGUUUUUGAAGAAUUAAAAGAGGAAAUUCCUACAAUGUCGAAGUCAAAAUAUGCAAAAUUCUUGGUGAAGAAAAUGCUUAUGUAUGGAACAAAGCAUCACAGAAGUGCAGUGUACAAAAGUUUCCAUGGUCAUGUAAGACAGCUAAUAAGACAUAAGGUGGCUGCUGAUGUGGUGGAGUACGCCUACAAUGAAUAUGCCAAUGCUCAUCAGAGACUCAGUAUGCUAGAGGACUUCUAUGGGCCAAGUUUUUGUCUUUUCAAGACACCAGAUAUAAAAUGUUUAGGACAGAUUAUGUUGAGUCAACCAGACAAGAGAGACAUGAUCUUGCGGAAUAUGAGAGAGGCACUUUUACCCCUGAUAGAUAAAAAUAUUUUGGUUCAUUCAAUGGUACAUAAAGUAUUUAUGGAGUAUUUCACAUAUGCUGAUGGAAAAAUGAAAGCAGAAAUGAUAGAAGCAUUAAGAGAGUCAGUAAUACAUAUGUUACAUACGCGAGACGGUGCUAGGGUAGCUAUGCAGUGUAUCUGGCAUGGAACAGCAAAGGACAGGAAAACUAUAAUAAAGAGUUUUAAAGGAAAUGUUGUGAAGAUUUGUCAAGAGGAGUAUGGGCAUCUUGUGAUGUUGUCAAUAUUUGACUGUGUUGAUGAUACAAAAAUUGUAAAAGCUGCAUUACUUGAGGAAAUGAUGAAAAGUUUAAAUGAUAUAGCACAGAACCAGUAUGGUAGAAAGGUGUUACUGUAUUUAUUAAGUCCGAGAGAUUCUCACCAUUUCUGUCCAGACAUUGUACGAGUGCUGCAGGAAGGGGAUGCUAGCCUUACCAGUAAGAAGGAGAAGUCGGUGAGAUAUCAAGAGUUACUGGGAGCCGUGUCAGAUCAGUUACUACAGUAUAUUGUUGACAAUGUAGCCACCCUGGUUGUGAACAAUAAUAUGCUAGUGUUGAUUGUAGCCAUUAUAACACAUGCUCAAGGAGAUCCUACGGCUGCUAUGGAGGCUGUGGCGAGUAUAGCCGCUGAACCGUUUGUUGUUGGUAAUACAGAGGGCGGUCUACACAUUGUUGAAAACCCCGCAGGUCACAUGACCCUGAAAUGGCUCAUACAGAAUGAUAAACAGAGAAUUAAAACCGGACAGAAAGUUUUGUUCUCAGAAGUGUUACUAAAGAAACUACCUGAAGGAGCUCUCAAAUCAUGGGCAGCCUGUAAUAGAGGAUGCUUUAUCCUAGUGUGUUUAUUGGACCUGGAGCACUCAGAGAUUACAAAGUUAGUUGUAGGCCAGCUGAUGAAGGGUGUACGGCAUUCACUGAAGAAAAUGACAUUUAAGGGAGCACAAAUAUUGGCUCAGAAACUUGAUGAGGCAAAAACAGCAGUAUAGAGCUUAAAAAUAUUGACUCUAUAUAUUCAUUUAGCUAAAGGAGCUCUAAAGAGCUUAUGAAAGGCUCUGUAAGCUUAAAAACUUACAUCUGAAAUAUUAGCUGUAUAUGUUAAAUUAGCUAAUGGAGCUCUAAAGGGCUUUUGGAAUACUAUAUAAGCUUAAAUCUUACAUACAUAGCUUCAUUUAAGCAUAUUUAUAUAAAGCCUUUGAAUAGUUUUUGUAGAGUACGAAUUUCAGCUUAAGAUGUAUAGUCUUGUUAUGCUGAGAAAAAUAAGGAUAACCCAAAGUGCUCUGGCUGAAUUGUAUGUUUUACAUAGCAAAUUAGACUCUGUUUUAUUUAAAACAUUUAACCUACUAUAUUUUUGUAAUGGAUUUAUCCAACUUUGGAUUUUCGAUAGUCCAUUCAAUGUUAAAGGAGUUUCCAUGUUAAAAUAAAAAAAAAAAAAAAUUGAUAUAUCGACAGUAUAGAGCCCAGUCAGAAUGCAUGGAAGUGAAGGCCUUGCUCGAUACUGGUGGCAAAGGCUAAUCACAAAUUGGUUCAACCAGGUUAAAAGAAGCUUUGACAUCGAGGCUAUUUUUGAUGCUAAAGCAUUCAUUUACAGAUAAUUUUCACAAAUUCAUAGUAUUGUAACCUGACUUUUGUUGGAGGCUAAAAUUUAUCAGGUUUGAUUAAGAUGUGUUUUUGUUACUAAACACUACCAACAAUUUAAUCAGAUGAAACAAUAUGUAAUUGUUACGAUGUGUAUAUUCUUGAAGCAAGAACCUCUUGUUGAUCCUCUUGGGGCAUUUUUUACGAACCAUUCUAAUUACAUAAUUAUUUGGUUCCGACAGGUAUUGGUCUUUUGUAAAUUUAAAUGUAUAAAUAUAUUGUUUUUCAGCAUAAGGUUAUUUGGAUUCUGUUUAUUUGUAUGUUUUACUCUUUACCAUGUUGUAUUUAGGGUGUUUUUAAGACUGAUCUUUCUUUGUAUAUACAUGUACAUUUGUUUAUAGUUUUAUGGGGGUUUUGUUUGAGCAAUACAACUGUAAGAAGUGACUUGUUCCCACAGUGAAGCAUAUAAAUCCUUAAUCUGAUGAAUUUGUCAUAAUGAAUUUGUCCAUUUUUU